AUGGCAAAGUGGUUCCUUCUUGUGCUCUACACUGCCCUAAUUGUGUGGUGGUGCAACGCACCCUCCACUUUUGCCAUGAGAACAAAUGAAACUGAUCGACUUGCUUUGUUAGCUUUCAAGGCUGCCAUAGAUGAUCAAGCCUCUUUUGGUGCCCUCAGUUCUUGGAAUGAUUCUGUCCACUACUGCGACUGGCACGGCAUUAUGUGCAGCCGCCGGCAUCCCGAUAGAGUCGUGAAGUUGGACUUAACAUACGAAGGCCUUGUCGGAUCACUCUCCCCUCACAUAGGAAACCUGAGCUUCCUGAGGAGAAUCAUUCUUUCAGACAACAACUUCCACGGCCCGAUCCCAGAGGAGAUCGGUCGUUUAUUUCGCCUUCAACACAUAGACCUCCGCAACAACUCGUUUGGCGGUGGACUACCCAAGAACCUGUCACGCUGCACACAUCUUGAGUACUUGCUCUUGUUUAACAACCACCUGAGUGGAAACAUCCCAUCUGAGCUAGGGUCUUUGUCAAAGCUUCGAGAUUUAACCCUCAGUACAAAUAAAAUUUCGGGAACCAUCCCUCCUUCCAUUGGUAACCUAUCAUUACUUGGCGUGCUUUUCUUUAGUGAAUGCAAUUUGCAAGGAGAGAUUCCUGAGGGCAUUGCUAAGCUUCGGCUAUUGACAUUUCUCAGCGUCGAGAUUAACAAGUUGUCUGGAAAUAUUCCUUCUAGCAUAUACAACAUCUCCACUCUCACUGUAUUCUCAGUACAAUUUAACCGUCUUGAAGGAAAGAUUCCUCCAGAUAUAGGGUCAAAAUUUCCUAAUCUUCGGUUUCUAGGCUUUUAUAAUAAUUUGUUCACAGGGAUGAUUCCUACUUCGUUGUCUAAUGCUUCCGGUCUUGAAUAUAUAUACUUUGGUUCGAAUAACUUCAUCGGGCAGAUGCCAAAAGAUCUUGGAGAACUUUUACGUCUUAAAGUGAUGAACUUCCAGGCCAAUCAGUUGGAGGAUGACAUUUCUUUCAUCUCAUCUCUAACUAAUUGCACCAAAUUGACAUUUCUUCUUGUUAACGAGAAUCUUCUCAAAGGUUCAUUGCCCAACUCCGUAGCCAAUCUCUCUAUCGAUCUUAGCUUCUUGGUUCUAGGGUUGAAUCAACUACAUGGAAGUAUUCCUUCGGGUAUCGGGAACCUCCUCAAUCUCACUAUCUUGGCUUUAUCAUCCAAUUAUUUUUCCGGCCAUGUUCCCGACACCAUUGGUAGAUUUCAUAAGUUGAAUUAUCUGGAUUUAGAAAUGAACAAAUUCACAAAACUGCCUUCUUCACUUGGUAAUUUAAGUGCACUGAAUCGUCUCUACUUGGGGCAAAAUAACAUCCGUGGAAGCAUACCUUUGAGUCUGGGCAACUGUCAACAGUUGUUAGCAUUAGAUCUUUCUCAUAAUAAUCUAUAUGGUUUGAUACCUCUCGAAAUCAUGAAUCUUUCAUCGAUUUCGAUUUUUUUCAAUUUAAGCUACAAUUCGUUGACUGGUUCUCUUCCAUCAGAAGUCGGGUCUUUGAAAAACCUCGCAAAGUUUGAUGUGUCCAAUAAUAGGUUAUCAGGGUCUAUUCCAAAUUCGUUGAGUGGAUGUUUGAGCUUGGAAGUUCUUCAUUUGGAAGGCAAUUCAUUUGAAGGUGAGAUACCUCAAAGUUUGAGCAAGCUUAGGGGUUUACGAGAGUUGGACCUUUCACGCAAUAAUUUAACGGGGUUGAUCCCUAGUUAUAUUGGUGAGCUUGCAUUAGAAAUACUGAAUCUGUCUUUCAAUAUGCUGUAUGGAGAAGUUUCAACACAAGGAAUUUUUCGAAAUGCCAGUGCAAUUUCAAUUGUUGGAAUGGAUAAUCUAUGUGGAGGUAUUGCUGACUUAAAUCUUCCUCCAUGCCCAUCAUCAAUGUCCAAGAGAAAAAAACUAUCUUACAAGACAAAGAUAAUACUACAUGUGGUGGUUGCUCUUGUGAUAUCUUCAACUUUGGCAGUUAGCUUGUUUAUGUUUCGUCACCGACAAUGUGUCUCAAGGAAGGAGGACUCUUCUAAGCCAUCUUUCGAACACCAAAUUCUAAGAGUUUCGUAUGCAGAUCUUCUCAAAGCCACCAACGGAUUUUCAGAGGCUAAUCUAGUAGGGGUUGGGAAUUAUGCUUCUGUUUAUAAAGGGAUCCUUGAUCAAGACCAGAUUGUUGUGGCAGUGAAAGUACUCAAUCUUCAGCUCAGGGGAGCUUUAAAGAGCUUCAUGCUAGAAUGCAAAGCACUUCAAACCAUAAGGCAUCGGAAUCUUUUGAAGGUAUUAAGUGCAUGUUCUAGCAUAGACUUCCAUGGUAAUGAAUUCAAAGCUAUAAUAUAUGAAUUCAUGGCCAAUGGAACAUUAGAUGGAUGGCUGCAUCAAAAUGGAGUUGCGGAACACGAGUACCUAAAAGCGAGCCAGAGGCUGGACAUUUCGAUUGAUGUUGCUUCUGCACUUGAGUAUCUUCAUUGUGGUUGUGAGUCAACAAUCAUUCAUGGUGAUCUGAAGCUAAGUAAUGUCCUUUUGGAUGAUACAAUGGCUGCCCAUGUUGGAGAUUUCGGGUUAGCAAGAAUUAUUUCUCAAGCCUCAACAAAUGCACCGCAACAUCAAAGCAAUUCAAGUGCAAUAAGGGGAACAAUAGGCUACAUCGCUCCAGAGUAUGGCGUGGGUGACAUGGCUUCCACCAUUGGGGAUGUAUAUAGCUUUGGCAUUCUUCUAUUGGAGAUGUUUACUGGCAAAAGACCAACUGACAAAUUGUUUAAAGAUCAUCUAAAUCUUCAUAACUUCAUUAAGAAUGCUUUGCCAGACCAAGUGAUGGAUUUAGUCGAUCCCUCCAUCCAACUGGAGCACAACAAUGGAAGUUGGAUAAACGAUUGCAUGGUUUCCAUUCUGACAAUUGGAGUUGCAUGUUCAUCAGAAUUGCCAAGAGACCGCAUGGAGAUGGGAACCGUUGUGAGCAAACUAUGUAACAUAAAAAAAUACUUGGGUGAACGGAGGCUAGAAACAUAAGGAAGUUUAAAAAGAUUUUGCGACAUGGAAGCCAAAGGUGUGUACCCUACUCUCUUUCACCUUGUAAUAAAUCUCCAUUACUUUUUUUUUCUCAUAACGUUUUCGUUUCUCUUGCUCUUUCCGUUUGGUUCCAUUCAGCUCAUGUAGCGCAAAGAUGAGUUUGAGCAAGUCAACUAAAACACUUGUGCCUUUGUGUCCACUAUCCAGGACUAUCAAUGCCCUCCAAUAAUGAUACCUCCGCAAUAUGCUGAUCCAAUUGCCAAUCGAGAACCUCGUUUCUUUAAAGUAUCUUAAGUGUUAAUUAUGUGUAAUUGUUGUUCAUCAGUUCAUGUGGGAAGUUUCCUACUGAGAUUGCAUGCUCAGGAUUUCUACUUUUGCCUUACGGAACAAUAGCCUUAUAGUUAUAGUUUUAAUUCCUCUGUAUCCUGAAAUUGCAUGUCGGUAUAGUUCUUGAUCUUGUUUUCCCUG